UACAGUUGGAGUAGUACUGACGGGCUUCGAUGGUGAUACUGUGCUAGUUUAUAUGGUAACAUUUAAUCAGACAACAUUUACCGAACCGGAUUUAUAUAGACACAGAAGGUACCGCCGAGCGAGGACGGAUCCAUACAGUUCCCGUUUAAAAUGUAUCUUCAGCAACAUUGGUGGCUGCGAUUUCACUGCUGUUUUGUCUGCCUCGCAGGUUGCUAUGCCAUCGACCCAGGGUGUAACGGUUUCCCGGAAGCUCGUGUAGAUGAUCGUCGCUAUGAUGGCGACCUACUUGAGAGUCUGUCCCCUGUCGGAUACCAGCAGUGUCGGAAAAGAUGUCGGGCGAGGCAUGUCUGUCUCGGUAUCAAUUAUAAUAGAGAGCUGUUGCUGUGUGAACUUGUUAGGAUAACCACGUCCGUAUCGGCACCACUCACGGUCGUUCCCGGAUACAGUUUUACCGAUCUUAAUGUCACUGACGUCAUUCCAGCCCAGGAAAUUUGCCGGAAAGAUUCCUGUCCUGAACAGCAUAUGUGUAUAAUAUUGAAGUCAACAGGCAAUCUGACAUGUGUGGAUGACUACAAUGCAGUGUCGACAACUACAACCACGAUGCUGCCAACAACGAUAACUACAACACCUACAACAACAACAACU